AUGCUCGAGCUGUUUACACUCCCGACGGAGCUGCUGCUCACGAUAUUCGCCUACCUGCCGGUACAAGCACUACGUGCUCUGCGUCUGACGUCGCACGUCUGGAACACAUUCUUCACGGAGAACGAGUCCAGUAUCUAUCGCCACGCCGCUCUCCAGCACAAUUUCAUCAAUUCCAAGGACACUCUUCUCCGAGACGCGAUAGGAGCACAUCCUUGCCUCGACUUUCUCCAGAACGCGCCCGAUUGGUACCAGUAUUGCAAAAGAUAUUAUCAGCUCCAACGCAACUGGACCGGGUUCGGCAAGGUGUCUACGAGAUAUUACGCCGUCAAGCCCGGUUUUGUCCAUCGAUUAAAAGUAGACGAGCUGCACAGACUUCUCAUUACAACCCAUCAAUUUGGCGGAAUCACUGUCUUCGAUCUGGACACCGGCCGUAUCCUCUGGUCGCUCGACGCAACGUACAUUCGCCGAAACGCCCAUUGCGAGUACGAAAACGGAUUCCUCAUCUUCGAUCGUCCAUUCCAGCAUCAAGAAGUUUGGCGCCUCGAGUCUAUAUACUCUGAGUUCCCUCCUCCCGCCUACGGACCACCGGACGCUCGCCAGUUUGCAGCCUAUCGCUACGCUCGUCAAGGACACCCCCACCCCUCCCCAGACAGACGAGGGCACUUUCGUCCUUGGUCUUUCAUUACCGCUCCCGAUGGAGCGCAUGCAUAUCGAUUCGUUUACCCGGACCUCCUCAUUUGCGGGAACCAAGUGGCGUGGAUCUGGGAUGUCCGCACGGGUCAACGCACAUUCGAGCUCCACGGCGUCCAGGGCGAGCCUGGGCAGGGCGACAUCAACUACGUUGAGCUCUCCCCUCGGCACGUCUUCAUCUGCUCAACGUCAGCGCUGCGCGUCUUCUCGCGUCAAACGAAGCAGUGCGUUCUGGUCCUUCACAGUUAUCAGAUGGAAUACGCAAACGUGCACAUGCCCAUCCCCCUCGCACCUUCCAACCAGAGGCAGGGGACCGCGGAUGAGGACGAGGUUGUGCUGCUACCGGCAGAAGCAACACUCUCAAGCGAGAUAUAUUCUGCUUCGUACGCAGAGUUUUCAGCAUUGCAUGUCUCGCGCGACGGCAAAGACGUCGCUGCGCAGCUAAGCGAUACUCGCAUACUCCUCAUCCGCGACUUCGAACGUAUAGUUCGGGGCGAGAUUCCUUUUAGGAUCGCGGCGUUGGAGUGCGGCGGGGUGAUUCCAACAUCGACGGACGAGCAGUUCUCAACCUACCUCUCCUUCGAGAACGGACGUCUCGGGUUCGCCACGACAUCCGGGAUUUAUCUCGCGACCCUCGAACCAAGGCGACACCUGGUGGACGAAGAGCUACUUGUGCCCCCGCUGGCCCGUCCACCGCCACCGGCGAUCCUCGAGACCCCGGGCCUCUCCUUCCCACACGUCCUCUUUUCUUCGCUGCCGUUCUAUUACGCGCGGAAGCAGCUGCACAAGGUCUCGUGCCUCCAGAUAACCGAGACGCGGCUCUUCUUCGUCUGGGACGCGAAGUACCGGCGCCAUUGCAUCGAACGGUUCCGAGCCCUCGGGCUCAUCCCCGCCCCUCGGCCCCCGUUGGAAGGUGUAGGGGACGACGAAGACUAUGACGACUAUGAUGAGUACCAGGCGUACCAAGAGUACAUGGGAGAACACGAGGACGAUGAAGAAGGAGAAGAAGAGUACGACGACGAAGGUGAGGAGAUAGAAGGCGAAGAGGGCAUGGAACUCGACGAGCAGGAGGCGGACGACGGUGCGGCCGCAGCGCAAGCGGGCCCGGCGAUUGCCAUGGACGAAGAUGGGCAGCGUCCGGAUCCCAGAAGAAGUGAGCUUUCAGGGGACCUUGCGCAAAUAGAUGUCGCUAAUGCACGCUAUGCAGUUCGUGGACACAGGAACCCAAUCGUUUUCUGCAUUGAUUUUAGUCCCAGGGACUGA